AUGAAUUCUAAAUUAUUUAUCUUCAUCUUGCUUGUUGCUUUAGUCUCAUCUAUUGAAGACGAUGAAGAAGCGUCUCUCAAACUGUUGGGGUCUUAUAACAUCGAUUAUAACAGUGCAGUAAAAGAUGAGUAUUCUCGAAUAAUUGUGGAAGACAGAACAGACGAGGUUUCAGUCCAAUUAGGAAUACUUGCAACCUAUUUUCGAGUACUAAAGAAAUUAGUUGCGUGGGGAAUGGAAGAAAACGGAUUUGAACAUCAAUAUCCAACUCCAGAAUAUGAUUUCGACUUGAAUAUAGGAACGGAAUGCAAAAAAGGUCUCGAAAUAUGUUUAGACACGAUAAUAAGUAAUAUCAGCGAGAUUCAGCCAUGGAUUUUACAAGAUAAUAUAGAGUUAGACGAAUUAGCUCUCACGAAAAUUAUUGACAAUCAACGUCUCGGAAUGGAAAUUUCUGCUUCACAGAUUCUGUGUUACUUGACGAAUUCCCGUAUCAAAGCAUUCGAACACAUACCGUAUUGUGCAUAUCGAAUUCAACCUCCUGGAUCGAGAACUAUGGUUUGGACCGGAAAAACAUUCAGUUUUGACAAAAUAAUUGAUGAAUUCGUUGGAAAACCGUUUGAAUGUGCCACAGAAAGUUUCUGUCCGGAUCCAUGUUGCUCUCGUGUCCCAUCAGUUGUUCGAUCAUCCCCAAAAUAUGCUCCACUCUGUAAAAUGAAUACUUGCCAAAAGAAAUCAUCUUGCCUCCUCAAGCAUUUUGAAAACGAUGAUCUGUCGAAGCUUCGUCUGAAUCGAUUCAACAUAAACUGCGGAUGUGACAAACCGGGAACCAUUUAUCGUCCUGACAUUGGCAAAUGUGUUCAUCAUAACCCAUGUACAAAGCAAUCUCUUUGUCGAGAAUACGGUCAAGAAUGUCUGAAUACUGCAACUGGUUACAAAUGUGUUUGUCAACUCGGCUUCUUUCGAAAUGGAUCGAAUUCGUGUGCUCAUCUGAAACUUUCAGCGUCAGCUUAUCAUGGAUUUUCAUUUUCGGAAAGCAUGGAAGAAUUAUGA